GAUCCAGUCGAUUUUGCGGCUGAAAUGAAGUCCCGUUUAGCGGAUGCAAAAACGGACGCGGAACUGCACAUGUCGAAGAGUACAGCUGGAAACAAACUGAAACAAAAGCGGCUUAGGCCUGCAAAAUCGCGUUCCGAAUCGAAGAAAAGAGAAUUAUCGAUGAAGAAAAGUGAAUCAACUGCAAAUUUAAUUCCAAGCGAUCCAAAUACGCAAACUUCACUCACAAAUAAUCCAAGUGUCGAAUCGGGAUGUGCUCGCUUCAUUCAAUACCAGUGUGCUAAAAGCAAUGACGUACGGAUGCGAAUCGUGAUCACCGACGAAAAUUGA